AUCACCAUCACAUUCUUUCUUCUUUUGUGUUUCUCCAACUUUCGGUGUUUUAGGUGUUUGAUUUUGCAAAGCAAUGCUCAAGACUGUGAUCAGAAUCGCAGUUCCUAUGGGUCGACUUGAACUUCGUUUUUGCGCCGCCAUUUCUGUGCUGCCAACCCGGAGAUCAUUGAAGAGGGUUUCUUUUUUCACCAUGCCCUACGUUCUCAUAUUUUCUGAGACAGUCAUGACUUAGUCACCGAGAGUCAUCGUGAUCCAAUUGGAUCUUAUUCCGUUUCACGAAGUGUGCAGACAUUGAUUUGGAUCAAUUCCGAACUGAUCGGUUUGGUUGUUGAAUGUUUUGGGAGUGCUUCUCUUUCCAUCUUGCCUGAAACCCUAAACUCUUCCUCACCCUUCCUGCACCACCGUCUGGUACUUUGUUAGGUCUAUUGUUGUCAGUCUCGUUACCAAAAUUGCUGAAUUGAUAAUUUCUGAUUGUGUUCCAUGGAGCACCUUGACCUAUCAAGGUUGCCAAGUUCUGAAGUUUCGCGUAUCAGGAGGCUUGUUACUCUUCUUGGACUUCUGUAAUUUUGUGGGGUUGGAAACGAAGAAAGUGGAAGAGAGAGAGACAUGGAUUUUGUUGAGCUUGAAGGAGGUGAAGGCCAUCUACAGCAUACGGGCUCGUUGAUCGUGCCUGCUCUCUCUAUGGGCAAUGCAGGACAACUGGCCGUUGAUCUGUUAAUUUCUCAUGGUGCUUGCAAAUCAGGUUAUCUUGAUGAGCCUCAUGUAUUGCCUUGCGUUGGAAACGAUCCAUUCGGCCCUUCCGCAAAUGGAGACCUCGCUGUGGCACUGGAGGUUUACGAGGAUGCAGAACUAAAUGCCAGUAUUAUUCAGCAGCGAUCUCCUGUCAUUAAGGGCACCAUGAUGAAGUUUUCAAAAAAUCUCGCCACGUGGGCAGCUCAAGAGGGUGUGAAAGAGGUCAUAAUCUUGUCUGGGUUAGAUUCUGGAAAGGUUCAACGGAGUGAGACGAACGCUAUGCAAUUACAGUAUAUCUCUACAGCAAAUGAAGAUGGAUCUGACGAUCGAUGUGAGCAGUUAGGGUGGAAACGACUGCAUCACUAUCUUCCUUCAAGUGAAGCUUGGCAGGUUCUGGAUCAUCAAGCUAUGUCAGCCGAGGAUUCGUUAUAUUCAGAGAUUCCACAAUCAGAUGAUCUAUACUUUCCGAGACAGCCCUUUGCUUCACUUUUGGCAUGUUGCAAGGCACAAGGUUUAAAGGUAGUUUGUAUUCUCUGCUUUUGUGCGGAAGGAGAUAAUGUCCCAGAUGCCUUUUUGAUCGCCGAUGGUUUACACCGCCUUUUAUGUCAUGAAAAGAAAGAACCUCAGGGUUCUGGAGUCACUUGGAAAAUUCCGUUGUCGUGGACUACUGUCUACGGGCCACCUCCUGAUGAUACUAUGUUCUGCUGAUUUUGGUAGGUCUAGACUGAAUGUUUCUGCAAACUCAAGCUUAUAUCCAUUUGGUAGUGAUUAUGCAAGGUGUAUGCUUCCACACCUGAGAUGACGGAAAAAAAUUAUGAGCUCGACAUGAAUUUAGGUCGAGUUUUUUUGGCA